AUGCCGCAACCUUCGACGAGUGGAAGAAACGAUACUACGCACGGUGUUGCAACAGGUGCAAUAGGCUCAGGGUAUGGUCCGUACUCGUAUAAUCCCAACCUCAAUGUUGCCGCCAAUGGUCGGUAUACAUCCUCUCGCUUUAGCGCGGCGCCGUCGGAAACAUCGAUUGGUACGACGGGGGAGAAGGGGAGUGCCACACCCAUGGUCGGGACGGCGACCGUGCAGCAAUAUCCGUAUCUCUGGGAUACCAAGGACCCAGAGCUCGACGAUGCCCUACACAACCCUGACCCAGUCCGCGACGCAGCGUUGGAGCGAACGUGCAAUCCGUUUUCCUCACGAGGAUGGAUCAACAUUUCCGCACUGAUCAUCCUCGUAGCGGGGCUCCUCACGCUAUUCGCCGGGUACCCUAUCAUACACUAUUUCACGACAGACAAGCCGCAGAAGAUUGGGUUCAACCUGGGAGGCAUCAACGGCUCAGGGCAGGUCCCUAACCUCGCUAUCCCGAAGCUCAUCGAUACCGAUACACCGGAUGACGUAUACACGUUCACAUCCAAGGACGGUACGGAGUACGACCUCGUCUUCAGUGAUGAGUUUGAGACUCCUGGACGGACAUUCUGGCCCGGGGACGACCCCUUCUGGGAGGCUGUGGAUAUGAACUACUGGCCGACAGGUGACAUUGAGUGGUACACGCCGACUCAAGCAACGACUGCGGACGGCAAGUUGGUCCUGACCAUGGAGGAGGUCGAGAACAACAACUUGAACUUCCGGAGCUCUAUGCUGCAGACCUGGAACAAGUUUUGCUUCACCACCGGUUACAUCGAGGUCAAGGUUAGUCUACCGGGCUCCCCAAAGGCUCCGGGAUUCUGGCCCGCUGUGUGGACGAUGGGUAACUUGGGCCACGCUGGAUACGGAGCAACGACCCAGGGAAUGUGGCCUUACUCGUAUGACAGCUGCGACGUGGGAACGUUCCCAAAUCAGACAUACUCGAACGGAACCCCCAGUGCAGCGGAAGGACUCAGCUUUCAGCCAGGUCAAAGGACUUCCGCUUGCACGUGUCCUGGCGAGGACCACCCGGGGCCGUCUACCUCCGUCGGUCGUGGCGUGCCUGAAAUCGAUAUCUUCGAGGCACAGGUCGCGGCUGGCUGGAGGGGCCAGGCCUCGCAGAGUAUGCAGAUUGCGCCGUAUGACGACCAAUACCAGUUCGACACCGACACCGAUGUGACAACCAUCUUCGACAGCUCCAUCACGUCAUUCAACACGUACCUCGGAGCGCAGUACCAGCAGGCCGUCUCUGGUCUGACGUUCAUCAACAACUCCGUCUACAAUGACUCGGAGUACGCGACCUUCGGUUAUGAGUGGUACUCGAACCCGAAGGACCGCGAUGCUGGUUUCAUCACCUGGUAUAGCAGCGGUGUUGAGUCGUGGAAGAUCACGUCAGGCUCGCUCGGUCCUGACGCCAAGACCGAAGUUGGCCAGCGGCUGAUCCCAGAGGAGCCCAUGUAUAUCAUCAUCAACUUUGGAAUGUCUCCUUCGUUCCAAGCACAAGACUGGAUGCACUUGGAGUUCCCAUCGAAGAUGUACAUUGACUACGUACGCGUUUACCAGCGUUCGGAUGUCUCGGAUGGUACGACGUGCGACCCUCCGAACUACCCCACAGCAGACUACAUCAACAAGCACGCGGAAGCUUACUCGAACCCCAACCUCACGACUUGGUCAGAAGCAGGCUACAGUUGGCCAAAGAAUUCGCAGUAUAACGGUUGCUAA